CAACCGAGUACGUAUAGGUUUCCGCAAAUAGCCAGAAAUAGAAACUGUAUGUAGUGUGGCCUGUAAUGAUGACUAAAUUAAGAUUUGAGAUAAAUUGUGACGUACUUACACACGGUAUAUAAGGACGGGAAACAAGAAAGUACUUUUAUUGAGAGGUGAGAGAACAGACGAAAGUGUUGCAGAGGCUGAAUAAAUUAAUACCUUCGACUAAAAUUUACAGUUCGAUCGUUCGGAUACCUUAGACUCAAAAUGUGUAAGACCACUACAAAAGAGGUUGAAGUCGUGGAGAAUGGAAAGAAGAAGACCUAUGCGGCUUCGAUAGAAGAGGCGUUAACUAUGACCGGCUUCGGGAAAUACAACUUCGGUUUACUCCUGGUGUGCAGCUGGACGCUCCAGGCGAUGGGCAUGGACAUGUUUGGUACCAGCUUCGUGGUCGCAGCGGCUGUCUGUGACCUGGAGCUGACGCUGCAGCAGCGAGCACUGCUCACUGCUAUGCCGCUGUUAGGAGUGGUAGCUGGAGCCCAGCUGUGGGGCUACGUGUCGGACACGCGCGGCCGGCGGCUGACCCUGGUGCUCUCCAUGUCCAUCGGCUUCAUCUUCGCGGCACUCAGCAGUCUAUCCCCCAACUGGCAGACGAUGGCAGUCCUCAAACUAAUAUCCUCCAUAUUUACUUCGGCCAGCAACUCCGGUGCCUACACGCUGCUGGGAGAGAGCUGCUCGGAGCGGGCGCGCGGGAAGGCCAUGCUGCUGUGCACGUGCGCGCUCAUGUGCUCACAAGCUACCGUCGCUGUAUUCGCCUUCCCCAUCCUUCCCCUGGAGUUCGCCUACCGCAUAGACUUCCUGGGCAUCACGUACCGGCCCUGGCGUCUCCUGGCGCUGGUGAUGUCACUCCCCUGUGCCAUCACAGCCUGCCUGCUGCAGCUGUUUUACGAGAGCCCCAAGUUCCUCGCCAGCCAAGGUCGCUACGAUGAAGCUCUGCAUGUCCUGAAGAACAUCUUCUCUGCUAAUACCGGAAAGGAUUCUGACAAAUUCCCUGUACAAAAACUCCUAGAAGACUCUGAGGACCAGUCUUCAGAUCACCACGACUCGUUCUUCAAGUCUAUUUGGCAGCAGACGGUCCCAUUGUUCAGAGGGGUGCUGCUGAAGGAGACCCUACGACUAUUCUAUCUGGUCGCUGUGAUCUAUAUGACUGGGAGUGGCUUCAUCCUAUGGCUGCCGUACAUCAUGAACAACUUGUUCUUCGUGUUGGAGUCUGGCGGAGGCGAGGGCAUGAACCUCUGUGCCGUCAUCAAGUAUACCUCGCAGCCCGAGUUUGCGGCUGGGAAUAUGACUAAUAUAGAAGUUUGUGACGACACAAUUCAAGAAACUACGCUGUUCUCGGCGAUGACGUAUGGCGCGUUGGCGAGCUGUUCCAACCUCGUGCUCUCCCUCACGUGCGGCAGUCGCAAGCGCAUGGCCAUGAUCUGCAUCAUGGCUAUGUCGGCCCUCGCCGGCAUCCUGCUGAACCUGGUGGCCGUGCCAAUCGCAGGAGGGAUUUUCUUCUUCUUCUUCUUGAUGUGCGCUCUCUCCAUGGGUAUACUGAGCGUCUAUUUUGUUGAACUGUACCCUACUUCGUCAAGAGGCAUGGUCUCCUGCCUGUCCGUGAUGCUGGGGCGCAUGAGCGCGUUCCUCGGCGUCAAUGCCAUCGGAGCCCUCAUCUCCACCAACUGCGAAGCCACCUUCUACUUCUGGUCCUUCUUGUUGAUAAGUGCAAUAUGUGUUGCAUGGUUUCUUCCCCGGGACAAGGCACCCAAGAACUGAAUAUAUUAGCAAAUAUAACCAUUUAUACUUUAUUUCAAUAUUAGACAUAACAUAACAGAUUAUUCGUUCAUAGUUUUCACUUAAAGAGUGAAGGAAAACAUCGUUAGAUAAACCCAGAUCUGGAAUCAGUAAGCAAGCAAAAAGAGUCUUCUAUAAGUUUGAUGAGCUAUUUGUCUGUGGCAUCAUAGCUUCCUAUCGGAUUGAGAGUUUGUUUGUUAUGUACGAGUAUACGAACACUUUAACGUUUGAUGACUUACAUGUUUAAUAAAAAUCAUUCAAAAGUUGUGGGGAGAAAAUGUUACAUCCGGGGGAGUUUUCUAAUUUUUAAUUGUAUGUUGUCCGUUGUCUAAUAUUGAAAACUAGUAAAGACCUCUCAAGACUGAAUAAUACCUGUGUAGGCAUUUAGUAAACUCAACUGUGUAAUAAUUAUAUGAUAGCGAGUGACUGACUGAUAAUGUUGCACACGUGCUUAGUUCAAUUGUUUUUAAGUUUAAUUUUAAUCGAUUCACUAGAUUUGGCAAAGUUAAGGUAACAGUGAUUUUAUGAAAUACAGGAAAAUUUCGUUUUUUUUUUGAAGUCAGCAUUUUAAAUAAAUUGUAAAUAGUGAUAAAUACUAGCACUACAAGGAAACACAUGUAAAACAUUAGAUAAAAUUGUUAUUUUUUUCUAAAUUGUCAUAAGAUAAUAUUUGUAAAAUUUGAUGUAAUAGACCACUAAUUUCUUUUCUUUUUUUUAAGUUUUUUCAGUUACUAAACAAAAGCAGUUUUUAAAAUUCUAAUAGAGCUUAUU